AUGCCUCCGUCGCAAAUGAAGCCAGGGAAACAAAAAUCUUCAUCUCAAUUGGACAAGCAGGCAGAGGAUGCUGUGACUGCCAUCGAAGACUUGGCCAAGCAAUACAAGACCGACUUGAAUAAGGGCCUGAGCACAAAAAAGGCCGCUGAAAUCUUGGAGCGUGAUGGUCCCAACGAGUUGGAGAAGCCUCCGAAGCCCACUGCUCUUCCUUAUGCAGCGCCUUGGCUGACGAGCUUCAUCAUCAUCCUGCUGAUGGUCUCUGCAGUGGCCUCUGUGCUGGUGAAUGCAACUGGACCAAAGGCUGGAGAUCCGCUCUCCUACACCACAGGCAUUGCCAUUGGCAUCAUCGUUCUCAUCAAUGCGGGCAUUGCUGCAUGGACCGAGAGUAAGGCAGGCGAUGCCCUUGAAGCGCUGUCGAAGAUGACCCAAGCCAACAUCUAUGUGCUGCGCGACGGCAAGGAAGUUCAGGUGGCCGUACCCACAGUCGUGGCAGGGGAUAUCGUGGUCUUGGGCACCGGUGACGUGGUGCCUGCCGACCUGCGCCUGUUUGAGGCGAAGGAUUUCAAGGUCAGUGAGAUGGCACUCACAGGCACAACAUGGGCACAUACGGCCGGGACAGAUGUGCAGUGCAGAGGAGAACCUGACGAUGUGGCCAAGACUCACAAAGUGAAAGAGAAGAAGGAUGGAGCUCCGGAGAAGCUCACUCCUGAAACCAUGGCGUUCUCCGGAUGCAGCAUCACUAGCGGAGUUGGCAAAGGCUUGGUGGUCGACACUGGUAUGAGCACACGCAUUGGGCGAAUUGCUCAAUUGAUUAAUGGCGACGCUGGUGCUAAGAAGACUACCUGCUUUUGCUUCCCUGACACCUCUGCUAAUCAGACGCCUUUGCAGCAGAAUCUGAACAAGCUAGGUGCCCGAAUCGGAGUCCUGGCCAUCAUCAUUUGCAUUGGUAUCUUCAUUAUUGGGUGGCUCACCGACCGGAAGGAUCCCAGCAACCCGGACAGCCCUGCCUGGCUCUACAUGAUUUUGGUGUCUGUGACUCUGGCUGUGGCUGCAAUCCCAGAGGGAAUCCCUCUUUGCGUCACCAUCUCCUUGUCCAUUGGAUGCAGUGUCCAGCAGGAGGUGCUUGUGCGAAAGCUUGCUGCUGUGGAGACUCUGGGCUCUGCCUCUGUGAUUUGCAGCGACAAGACUGGCACUUUGACGGAAGGAAAGAUGACCAUGGUGGGUAUGUACGCUGCUGGCACCACCUAUGAAGUCACCGGCAAAGGCUUCGAUCCAGAGAUUGGCAACGUGAUGCGUGCAGAUGGCAAGGACGGCAGAAAUGACAUGGGUGUGAAGAGCAACCUGCUGACAGCAAUCCUUUGCUGCAACACGACUCUCAGCAAGGAGAAGGAUGAGGCUGGCGUGAUGAAAUGGACUCCGAAGGGCAAUUCUUCCGAAGCACCUAUCGUGGUGGCAGCCCGAAAAGUCGGCCUGUCCGAGAACAUUGCUGGUGAUUACCCUCGUGUGCUUGAAGUUCCCUUCUCCUCAUCUCGCAAGAUGAUGCUUACCGUGUCAAAGGUUGGCGGAACACACCUCUGUGAAGGUGGCAUGCCUCUCCCUCCAGGAACAAAUUACCUUGCAGUUUGCAAAGGCGCUCCCAACUACAUCAUCGACUUGUGCUGUGAGCAGCUCAAGGCUGAUGGAAGCGUGGACAAAUUGAGUGAUGACGACAAGACCAAUAUCCUCAAGAUCGUUGAUGGCUACUCAGCACGAGCUCUGCGCGUGCUAGCCAUUGCUGCAAGGCCUAUGCCCAAGCUCCCGUAUGACGAGAGCAAUGAUGAUAUCACCACGGACCAGAAGUUCGAGGCCUGCCGCAAGCAGCUGCGUUUGAUUGGCCUUGUGGCAUCUAUUGAUCCUGAACGUGAUGGCGUUCCUGAUUCAGUGGUUGCCGCCCGUGGAGCGGGCAUUCGCGUGGUGAUGAUCACGGGUGACUACCUCCUUACUGCUAUUGCCAUUGCCAAAAACGUGAACAUCCUGCAGCCAUCGGAUGAUGAGGAGACCUCGGCCAUGGACUGUGCCAACCUGAGACCUGAUGGCGAAUAUCUGCGGCCAGAGGAGAUGGAUUUGAUCACGCGAUCGACGAGAGUCUUCGCACGCGCCAAGCCUGAGGACAAACUUGAGAUUGUGAAGAGCAUUCAGCGUCAAGGCCAAGUCGCUGCCAUGACCGGAGAUGGAGUCAACGAUGCGCCAGCCUUGAACCAAGCAGACAUCGGCGUGGCCAUGGGCAUCCAGGGUACUGAGGUGGCGAAGGGCGCUGCAGACAUGGUGCUUACAGAUGACAAUUUCUGCUCGAUUGUCAAUGCAGUGGAAAAGGGACGUUCUAUCUACGCGGGCAUCCAGAAGUUUGUGGCCUUCAUCAUGUCCGUGCAUAUUGCUGAGGUCAUGCAAAUUUUUAUUUGUAUCGUGGUGGGCAUUCCAGUGAUGCGAACACCCUUGCAGAUCCUUUUCUUGAUCCUUGUGACGGACCUGCCUCCGUCCAUUGCUUUGGGCAUGGAGCCAGGUGAGGCCCACAUUUUGAAAAUGCGUCCAAGACCAAAGGAAGAGCCUAUCGUCCUGAUGUGGAUGUGGUUGGCAAUGAUCAUGAACGGUGCUGUGCUCACAGUUGUGGUCGUGGCCGUUUACCUCAUCUCUCUCAUCAACUACUGCGAUGGCGAAAUCCUCCAAUCCAAUAUCUACCUGCUUGACAGCUAUGAAGUGAGGCUCAGCAAAGCGCAGACCGUCGCUUUCAUCUCCCUGGUGUGGUCGGAAAAUAUCCGUGCCUACAUCUCACGAUCCUUCACAAACCCAAUGUGGCAUGAUAUUCUUGGGAACAAGCACAUGCAGAAGGCUAUCGUGAUGGCGCAGAUCUGCCUCUAUGUCGCUGUCCUGACCCCCUACCUGUCAGACAGAAUAUUGGGCCUUCGCGGCCUUGAGAUCGGAUUCUUCGGUUGGGCCCUGGCAGUGGUGGGCCCCAUAGGCUGCUUCAUCUUGAGCGAGUCUUGCAAGAUCAUCAGCGCCUACCAAGCCAAGAAGCACCAGGACAGCCUUGCAAUGGCCGAUGCUCCACCAGCUGCAGCUCCAAUCAAGGUGGCCGGAGUCAAGAAAGAUGCAAAGAUGGGAGCUCCAGUGCAACCUGCCCGGAGAGGGUGGUUCCAAUGCUGCAUGGGAGGCAUCUUUUGAGCCCACCUCUGUCACCUUGAUGCCCACGCAGUGGAGCAGGAGAAUCUCACCAGCCGACUGCCGACUCACCACAGCUUGCAAGCUUGAGCCGCAAUGAGCGAUGGCCUGGAACACCUCCUUGUCGUCCUG